UGGCUGUACCCCGCUUCCUUUAUUAAUAUUGUUGGGUGGAGGGCCUCAAAACGAUGCUCAAUGCUCAAUAGAAAACAGAGAGGAAAAAAAGCAUUUCUCUUUUCUGCUUUCUUCUCUGUCAAAUUCUCAAUUAUUUCUGCCUUCCGGCACCAAAUCCUCUCUCUUCUGUAAAGAGGUCUCUUACUUUCAUUCAUUUUAUAAAACCCCAAAUUAGCGAUCAAAUACGAACGGAUCAUAUAUACCAAGUGACGAUAUAAGAAUAAUAAUAAUAAACGAAAAUGGUGUCGGCGACGAAGGAGAUGGUGGCUUACUGCUUCGACACUCUCCUUGCUCACUACAACAGCGAAGAACCUCCUGCCCCAGCCUUCGAUGAGGGCCAACAUCCAUUGUUUGUUACUUGGAAGAAAGUGGUGAAUGGUAGUGAGACUCGUUUGCGUGGAUGCAUUGGAACACUAGAAGCUCGUAGCUUGAUGAAUGGAUUCAAGGACUAUGCUCUAAACAGUGCUUUGAAGGACCGUAGGUUCCCCCCAAUACAACUGAAAGAAUUACCUUAUUUAGAAUGUACAGUUUCCAUUCUGACUGAUUACGAAACUGCUAGCCACUACCUUGAUUGGGAGAUUGGAAAACAUGGUAUAAUUAUUGAGUUCACUGAUCCCGAAUAUAGUACAAGGCGCAGCGCCACAUACUUGCCUGAGAUUGCUGCACAUGAAGCUUGGACAAAAAUAGAAGCAAUUGACUCAUUGAUGCGGAAAGCUGGUUAUAAUGGCACCAUCACUGAAUCGCUUCGGAAGCGUAUAAAAUUGACCCGCUACCAGAGCACCUUAUGUACAAUGCACCACAGUGACUAUAUUUCCUAUGUUAAGGCAACCAGAGGCGCAGCCCCGUCUAUUAUUGGCGCUAAACCAGGCAGUCACUGACUUCAAAGAUGCAUUUUCUAAGUCGAAAAAGGUGCUUCCAUCUGAACAAAAGAAACCUUGGUGGGAAUGCAUUUGUUUGUUGUUUCAGUCCAGACUGCAAUAAUGGUGACCUUAAAUAUAAUUCUUCAAAUUCAUUUGAUUUUGAAGAAAGAAACCAAAGAACACUUUUGAACUUGGGUUUCUCAGAUUGCACUUCACAUCAUUCACGUUUUAAUUCUUGUAAAAUAUUGUGACUCAAUUUUUCUGUAAUGCUUAUCAACUGCAUUUAUGUCGCCUUCUAUCUGGUUACAAAUGAUAAUUAAUGCUCUUGUAAGUUAAUUAGUAAUCAUUUGAAUAUUUUCAGA